AUGGCGCAUAUAAACCAAGCCCGCGUCUCCGCCUUCCGCAAGGCGCGCGACAACCUCGUGACCCUCCUAGAGCAGCAAUCGACCUUCCUACGCCACGACAUCGACAGCCGUGCGUAUGUGAUCCCCAACCUCCGCCUCCAGCUCAUCCAGCAUAUCGACAUCGUCGCCUCUCUUUCGAGGAAGAUGGCCGUCGAGAGCCGUCACCAUCCCUACGUCCUAGUACAACAGAGUGGCUUCUACGAGACGGUCGUUCCUAUGCACUGCGCCGCGAUCAAGGGCCAGUGUGCCUAUCUUGCGGAUCGGCUGCGCGAUAACCUUUGCACUGACAUAGGUUCUGGAAUUGGAUUAUCACUUACUACUGGUUUGUUUCUCGUAUAUUCGACCUACCGUCUCUCCUACGACGCUAUGGCUAUUAUGCCUCCCCGACCUGGCCCUGUGUCGGCUUUUAAACGUGAGCGCGCGACGUUUGUCUCCGGUUUAGGGAUGCAGGCGAGGGUGCUGAGAGCGGACCCCCAGGCUUAUGAGGAUGUUUCUGAGAGUCUACGUGAGCUUGUUACUAGUGUUCAUCGGAUCAAGGAUACCUCUAUGGCUAUGGCUGUUGAUGCUCGUGGCAACGCUUAUGUCCUGGCGAAACCGUACGGGUUCUAUAGCCAUAAUGUGCCGUUCAUGUGCAAUGAUCUUAUUGCUAGUUUGUUGCACUGGGCGGAUAUUCUUGUUAAUACUGAUGGGCGCAGGACGGAUAGGAUUGUUGUUGAUUCUAUUGAGGGGACCUUGGCUUCUUUAGGGUUUUGA